AUGGAUAUUUUUCAGCUUCAUGAAUUAACAGAUGAUAUGAUGAAAUUAAGCCACGAUACCUUCUACAACUUUUUAGAAAUUACUUUAAAUAAAGAUUUGUGCGAGCUUUUUCGAAUACAAGCUGUUCGAGAUAUGUCUUCUUUAUCAUCAAUAUCAGUCGAUGAAUUAAUACAGAUACUUAAUUUUGAUGUUGUCGAAUUAAAUUAUUUAAAAAAAGCACUUGGAUUUGUUUCAGUUGAUGGAAAUUUUCAUCUUCGACUGGGUUUUCAGAAUUUACUUGAACGUUUAUUUUCAUUAGUCAAAUCGAAGAAAAAUUCAUCUGUCAAAAGUCUUCAGCUAACACAUAAUCAAAUAGAAGAUGAUAUUUUAAGACAAUUAACAGAAUUAUGGAAGCAUUCAUUUAGUUCAUCGAAUGAGGAUAAUAUUCCGAUAGUUAUUCCAUGGAUAAAAAAUAUCUUUGACAACUUUAAAAAAUCGAAGAAUAAAUUUAGUUAUGAUAAUCAUAUUCAACAAUUUGCUUUAUUGUUGCUUAUUCUUGGUGGAAGAAAUUGUUAUGAAUUUCUUCGAUUAAACUUACCUGGUGCAUUACCACAUAUAUCUAACAUAGAAUCAUUAAUGAGAAAUCAGGAAGCGAGAAUAAUUGAAUGCAAAUUCCAAUUUAAAUUGUUAAAAGAAUAUUCACAAUCAAAUAACUGUAGUUAUGUAUUUGCUUCUGAAGAUUGUACCAGUUCUGUUUGCCGUAUUGAUUAUGAUGCACAAAUAAAUUCUUUCAUUGGUUUAUCAUCACCUUUAAUUGAUGGAGUGCCAAAGCCAACUUUUUUUCGAACAGAUAAUUUUGAAGAAUUAAAAAUGUGGUUUGAAAAAUAUAAUAAAUCAAAAUUGAUUAAUCUCCAUAUGAUACAGUCAGUAGUAUCAUCAGCUCCUCCGUUUAUCUUAUCGACAUACGGAUCAGAUAACAAGGUGACAGCAACAGAUAUCUUAAAAAGAUGGUUAUAUAUUCAUAAUCAAUGUUCAGUACAGGGUGUACGUGUAAUAGGUUUCAGCACAGAUGGAGAUGCACGUUAUCUUAGAGCGAUGAGGUUAUGCAGUCGAUUUUUUGCCGAAUUACCUAAUUUAAAUUUAUUUAAACAUAAUGAUAAUUUUCAUAUAAAGAUACCUGAUCAAUGGUCGUGGUUUCUUAUGAAGGAACAACAGCUUUUGCUUUUUAUGCAAGACUCGACUCAUAUUGCAACAAAAUUCCGAAACCGGCUCCUUUCUGAAGUAGCAUCAAUGAAGAUGGGAGAUUUUUCAAUUGAUAUUCAACAUUUAAUGAAUUUAAUUGCUUUAAAAAAUAAAAUCGAUCACAAUUUAAUAAAAUGCGACGUCUGUCCUAAAGACCGACAGAAUUUUGCUUCGUGUCGCCGUAUAUCUUCUGAUUUAGUUUUAAACUUGUUAAAUAAGAAUGAAAAUUGUAAAGGAACAUUUAUAUAUCUCUCUUUAUUACAUUCAAUUAUAACUGGAUUAAUUGAUAAACCAACAACAAUUGAACAACGAUUAUAUCAUAUAUGGACAGUAGUCUUUACUUGUAGAUUUUGGUGGGCAUGGAUACAGAAUUUGAAAAUAAAGGAUAUUAGUGAGGAUGAUAAUUCGGAUUCAAUACAAAAGAGAAAAGCAAACAGUUUUAUUACUAAACCGACAUUUUGGUGCAUUGAAAUAAAUGCUCAUACAUUACUUUAUAUGAUUCUUUUAGUAAUUAAUAAUAAAUUACCUAUUGACGCACUUAAUACAUAUUUGUUUAAUUCACAAGGAUGCGAAAACACAUUUCGUAUUGCUCGAGCUUUAUCAGGUCCUUAUUCAUCAAACAAUAACUUUACUGUUAAGUCCUUCAUUAAAAGAUGCGAAAAAAUAUCAAUCAUUGAUUCAAUCAAAUCUCAUAAAGGACAAGUUGAUAAUUAUAGUUUUAAAUUUCCACAACAUCAUAAGACUGAUAAAGAAAUACAUAAUUAUUCAAUAAAUCGUAUUAAACAAUUAGAUUUAACAGAAUCUGAUAUUGAAGAAAUAAUUAAAAAUGCGUUUGAAUCAGCUAAACAAUAUGUAACAAUGGUCAAUAUGACCAAGUUAUUGAUUAAUAAAAAUAUUUACACAUUACCUGAAUUAAGUCGAUUUAUAAAAAUGAAUAUAAGUAAAUCAUCAUCAAAAGUAAUUGAUUAUACAGAAGGUAUUGAUUUUGAUAAAGAUAGUGAUGAAGACGAAUCAGAUAACGAUGAAAAUAAUUCCGAAUUACUUGAUGAUGAUGAUAGAUUAUCAACGAAUGGUACAGAUGAUGAAGAUGACGAAGGAAAUAUUGUAACAAGUCUUCCUGAUGUAGAACGACAUAAUUUCCAAGGUUGCCGAAUAUACGACAAAAUUAAUCCACAAAAUAUAAAUAAAUAUUUUCGUAUUCGAAUAGGUUCAUCUGUAAAAUACUUGCAUAAACAAACAGCAUGUUGGUUACUAACAGACACAAAAAAUCGGUUAUCUAGUGAUCGUUUAGAACGUGUUAAAAAGUCGGAACAGCAGCAUUAA